UUUCAAAGAAGGAAAAGCGCGCAACGCGACCUCAUGCUCGCAAAAAAUUCCUCCGCGGUUUGAGGGUAUUAUUUUCCGAACAACAACGGGAAUUCAGCUCAUUUUUUCCCGGAUAACAUCAGCAAGACACCUAAAAGUGGACAACUUUCACCGAUGGACCACUCUGUGCAGGCAGAAGCGACCUCGUUCUCGGCUGCUGCAGCCUGUGAAAGAGUAAAAAUAUCAGAGGGUUUAAUGUUUGCUGCAGAUCCAUCUGCAAAUAAAAACCCGAGCUGCAGCCAAGAUAUUAAUCAUCUGCGGGGUCGCGCCGUCCUGCCACCUCCAGCUUCUACAGGUCGUGGCUCAAGAACACAGUUGCCCUCAACACACCUGUUUUGCAGCACGACUACCUCCUGGGCUGCGGAAAAAGUGCAGAAGCAGGUGACAGAGGAUUUAGCGAAGCACAGCCUGAUUCCCGUAAAGCCCCGGUUUCUCAGUCUAGCGCUGUUCGUCGGCUGUUUUUUCCUCACGAGUGUUUUGGAGUACUUGUUUUAUCACCAGCUGCAUUUUAUUCCGGAGGAACAGGAGCACCAACAUCAACGGAGCGACCAGCUGACAGCGGCGACUGGAGGAACAACAUCGAGCGUAGAGGGACUAAGAGAGGGCGGCGCUGGUCGUGCAGCUUCUGAAGAUGCACAAGAAGAUUUACGUCACGAAAAUCGUUGAUCAAGGUUGUACUGGUACUACGACUUGAAGAAUAAUCAAGCAGUUGCAAAGGAUAAGAAGCCGCGGGCGAACCAGUACUUCUGAAACGAGUUAUCUUCUGGUGCCAUUUUGAUUUUUAUCCGCCGGGCCAUCUCCAUCAUCUUCUUGUUCUUCCAGUGAUACCUCCAUAGUUGAAGUACUUGCACACCGAACCACGCUCGAAGUGAGUACUUAAUAUGGGCGCGUGGCAGUCCUCCCGAAUAGUAAACAACUCAUUCAUUCCUUCGAACGGGGAACAAGCCAGAGCAGAGACAGAGUCAACGCAAAAUCGUCGCGAGGACGAGAAGAACCAGUCUUACUUAUCCUGAGGAAAAACGUACCCACACCAGAGUCAGGAUGGGGAUUUUGCAACACAAACCUAGGAGUUUUGGGAGUCACGCAUGACAAGUUGCAGACUGUAGUGUAGUGCAGCUUAGCAAGGGAAGCCGCAUAACAAAUCCGUCUCCUUAUCCUGUUUACAGCAUUACAAGUUCCAAAACACGAUGGGCAAUGUCUCUCAUGGGGAUGCGCAUUACAAAUGCUCUUGUGCUUGCAAAUCUGCAUGACAACUCUGGGGUGGGGAUGUUUCUACAUAUGAUAUUACUGCACGACCUACACGGAUGAAGCCGCGGCGAGAGGAACUUCCGCCCAGAGCGCACCUGCACAGCAGACAGAUGAAGAUGGUCAGCAUGAUGAAAAACAACAAGCGCAUCAUCUGCAGUUUCAAGAUCAACAGGCGAGGAAAAACUGCUAUUCCUGCAAGGAGUCCUCGCAGCUACUCCUGCAUAAGAAAAGUGAUGGUGCGACGACGAGAAGAUCUACUUCCACCGCAGAAGAAAUUCAUUUUCCGUCGCAAAUACCAACAGCACACGCACAGAAGCAGAACAAGAAAAGCAAAAUCACGAUGGAGCAACAAGGCAGCCGGAACGUCGAGACCAGUUCUCGCAACUUCAAUGCUGUUGAAGCAGGCGGCACCGUCAGCCUUACCGGCAGACCUACAAACUGUUCAAACUCUCAGAAGUCCCAUGUCGAGUUGUGCACAACAAGAAGGUCCACCGGAUGUAGGACAGCUAGCGACGUCGUUUCUUCAUCAUCAUCGCCGCCGCAGAAGAAAAGGAGAAUCAGUUGCGAGGAGGUGGAGGCAGCACGCAGUGGUACGGCAUCUGCGGCGGGAUCCAAAAGAACGACCGCUAGUACUACCCAUGCUCUUGCCAGGCCAAGCUUUAUGCGUGACGAGGACCUCCACUUGCAUCAAAAACACGACGACGAGAAGUUCUCCUCGCACAGAGAAAAAACAGCGUCGAAGCGAAAUUUCGGAAGUACUACAUCAUGCGAAAAUAACUGCAGCAAGAAUCACGUCGAGACCACGUGUUAUUUUCUUCUCGGAGCAGCUCCUGCAAAUGAUGAAGAUCAAAAUUACGACUGCGAAGAUGAGGAAAGUGAGUGCCGCGGAGACGUCGUUGAUCACGAUCUUGUAUCCUGUGCAAAAGUAUCGUACUCGUACUAAUCGCAGUCAUGCAAGACAAAUUUUUUUGUCAAACUAAAUCAGCAUGAGAAAUUCCAUUUGUCAUGCUGAGCUAAUUUGUAUUGCAAUACUACGAGUACGAUACUUUUGCAGUUCAUAUCUUGCCUACGAAGCAGACGCAGAGGGAGACGAGGCCGCGGGGGCAGAGGAAGAGGUAACAAGUACAACAUUCAUCGCUUCUUUUUCUGUUUAAGUAAAGUAUUUAUUGGAGGCAUAGUGAUCUGCUUAUGCGUUGAGAGGGAAAGAACGGAAGAAGCUGGGAGAAAGAUGAAAUUUGUAGACCUAUUUUUUAUAUUUUCCAACAAGCAACUUUGCAUAAAGUUACGAAAUUUUGUGAAAACUUUCGUUUCGCUAAGCGUCAGAGUUUAUCAUGUCAAGAUCCUGAGCGCUAAUUCUAAUUGAAUGUAUGAUUGACCCUUGCCUUCAAUUCUUGAGGUCCAUCUCCAUGUGGAUCCGACAAACCAGAUCCCAUCAGGCACAGAAGAAAGAGAUCACACGCAAAAAAAUUUCGAACUUGCAGCACUGCAAAGAUCCGAAAAUCUUUCGCUCGGAAUCACGAAGAGAUCACGCUCCCAAUGCCCUUCAGAUCCGAUGUUAUUUUCCUAAAAGAUCAUCAUGUUCAUUUGAUCCGGAGGUUUUUUGCAAGUACUUUCUACUUUUUCUGACUUUAUUCAACUCUCCAGGCGAAGUGAAAAAUCAAAAUGUGGUAGGCCGCAGGCAAUAGUUUCUAAGGCUGGCAAUCAGUUCGCUGUUUCAGUGGGUUGGAAUUUUGUUCGGUGGAAUUUCAGGCACACAUUGAAAUAGGGCCUAUGUAUGUUGAAGAAGUCGUGUACGAUAGUGCAAAUAGUACCGCAACCGCUGGAGUGCUGCUGUUCGCGUUGUUUUCAGUGUAGUACUUUCUGUGUAACCAUAGACCACUCUGCGACAACACAAAAAUAAGAACGAAAACGAAUUAGAAGUAGAACCUGCAUUUAUCUAUUCCUUCAGCAGUGAUGUAUCGUAUGACAAAGUGCAGCCGAGUUUGAAAAAAGAAAAAGAAAAACUUAUCUCCAGGACGAAAGCUCCGCAGCAGAGGACGACUCAAUUAUAUCCUCCGAAGACGACGAUAGUAGUUCCUCCGACAGCUGCAAGAAUACCUUUCACCGCCCUGUGAUCAUCGACGAGAUAGCUUCCGGAAAAAAACAAGUUGACCACCAGCAGAACAACGCGAACAAGUACACACCGAAGACACCGUCUUCCUGCGCCAGCUACAAAUCCUUUUCCUUUUCCUCCCCAAUUUCCAGCAUGGUAUCCGAAGCCGGCCGCGUCGCCAACGCGGUGUCUUCGAUAGUCAGGAAGCGCCAGUUGUCGGUUUCCAGCCAUUCCUCCCAAAAAAGCUCGUCCAGUGGACGAGCUGCUGUGUCUACUCAACAACAGCAACUACGUGGUCAUAAUAUUGCAGCGAGAAAGAUGAACGGGGAGAACAAACUUCUUCUACACGACAAGCAGCAGCAUCCGAGAAGUUGUAGCUCUCUUCUGCUCCCCCAGAAUGGAACGAGCGACGCCGGAAAGGAAAACAAGAGGGCGAAGAAAAAAAAGAACCGGCUCGUGUCAAGAAUAAAAGCAACAUCGAGCGGAGGUUUCAGCGGGGAUCAUCAUGGGGAAGAAGGGAACGACGUCGAGAUGGCAGCAGUUGGUGUAUCAGGGCCGGAUAGUACGGGUGAGCUGCAACCUCCGAGGUCUAGUACAACUGCAGGAGCUUCCGACAAGGCCGCAGAAGCCGUGGUUGUGGCAGCUGAUCAUGUUGUCAACAGGCAACUACAACAUCAUCAAAAUCAGACCGUAGUUCAUACACCUGACGAGGCAGCAACAGGAAUAAAGAAGGGUAAAAAGAGGAAUAAGAAAAAGAACAAGAAUAUUAAAUGUGGAGCAGGAUCACAGCCGGGGAACGGAGCAAGUUCUGCUAGCGAAGAUGAACAUGCUCUUGACCUUAUCCUGAGUAAAAACGUCCCCACACCAGAGUCAGGAUGGGGAUUUUGCAACACAAACCUAGGAGUUUUGUGAGUCACGCAUGACAAGUUGCACUCCGCAAUGUAGUGCAGGUUAGCAAGGAAAGCCGCAUUACAAAUCCACCUGCUUAUCCUGGUUACAGCAUUACAAAUGCCAAAACACGACUAGAAACGCCUCUCAUGUCGAUGCGCAUUACAAAUGUUCCUGUCAUUGCAAAUCUGCAUCACAACUCUGGGGUGGGGACGUUUUUACAAAUGAUAGACCUCCAUGCUGCUGCUUCAUAUCAAUUGCAAAUAUGUCUGGGUCUGGAAGGCGGCAACUUGUCAUGGUAAAUCUGAAGCAUGCAAAAAUCUGUGUUGCAUGAGAGCCAAAAGCAGUCCACUUUUGCCCAAGUUGGAACGAAGUUUCUCAUGCAGGAUAGGCAUGGCAGAGACCUCGCAGAGUCUGUCAUGCUAAGUCCCGCAUUCCAGACCUCAUGGAUCAUGGAAAAUCUGCAUGACAAGUUUACUCUUUUCCAGACCCAGACAUUUUUGCAAUCCAUACUUCAAAAGUAGCCGGUAUUUCAGCUAUGUUGAAGACCGCACCAUCCUGUUCCCAGCUCUUACAAGAACUACACCCGAAAUCUGCGGUUGAUGAAUCGAAAAUACCUCUUCUCGAUGAGGAACUCACCCAGUUCGGCGAGCGCGAUACGAGCUACAUGGAAGAAGUGAUUUCCGAGCUGGAAGGUCAUGUUGGGGAGGCAGAAAAAGAAAUAAAUGCAGAGGACCACCUGGUCCAAGCGCAUCAGCAGCAGCCACGCGUGCUCCUUCCCCUUUCCUCCAAGAAAAAAAGGAGAAAAAGUGCAACUAGUACGCUAGACCACGAAGCAGGAGGGGAAACUGGAAAGAAGGAAGAUGGGUCCUCGUUGUACACAACAGCUUCUAGUAGUACGACUUCCGCUGGUAGUGCAUCAACACCAGUCAACAUAAGUGCACCAUCAAAUUCAAGUCCUCGGGUGAUGAACGUAAUAAACGAGCAAAAAUCUUCGUCAGCACCUUCUUGUGCAACUACAACGGCAAGAACGGGGGAAAAUUAUAACUGUGCGACAUCAAAUACAAAUUCAAAUUCGAGCAAAAAUAACCUCUUCAAUCUGGGUCAAGAGAAAGAAGACAGCACCAGUUCCUCCACCGCGUCCACUUCUACCAGCCACGACGGCGGUCUAAAUCAGCAGGAUCUAGUACGACCCCACACUCACGACUUCCACGCGCAGAGGACCAACACCAGUGAACAGAGUCGUGAAAAGAACUCCAGUUGUUCACCUGCACAUGGGACUGAAAACACAGAAGUGGGAGCAGGAGCACUUGGACUGGAACAAGCAAAAACGUCAAACAAAAAUCCUUCGGCUCUGGUCGACGUGUCCUCCAUCUCGCAAACCGCAAAAAACGUCGUCGGCUCUUUGUUGUCACCCGCUUUGACGCGGUGGUUGCAGCUUCGGGCUCCUUCAGACAUCGUGGUCGGGCAGAAUACUAAAACUGGUGCACCAGGGGCAGGAUCAAAUUCACCUAGCGCGGCCGGGCAGCAACAGCAAGAGAAAGCGGCCGCUGGUCAUUCCUCCUCCUCGACGGUUGUAUCGAGCGCAACGCCAGAUGCAAGUGCAGGGAAAACGGCACAGAGGACACCUACAGACACAAUGACUUCAACUGACGCAGCACAGGACCAGGAGCGCAGCGCCGCGGCGAAGCCCGUUGAAAUAAGGACGAGCGCGCAAACUGCAAGCGCGAACAAGAGGGAACAGGAAGUAGCGGCGCCACAGAUGGAAGUAGUUGCAGCACCUGCUAGUCCGGCCUUAGUCCUUCAACAAGAACCUCAUGCUGUCAAUAGUACAACCAAAACGACGACACUACACGAGAACAAGCAGCUGUUGAACAAGCAGAAAGUUUUGCGGCAGAUCGGCGACUUCCCGCUACCGAAGGAGAGGUACAAAAAGUCCCCGAAGUGCAAGGUAUCAACUGCAAAAAUGUCUGGGUUUGGAAGAGUGGAACUUGUCAUGCUGUUUUUGGACUCUAAAAAAAUUUGUAUUUCAUGACCAGCAAGAGGAGUCAGUUCUUGGCACGCCUUGAGGGCAUUUGUCAUGCGUAAUUAGCAUCAAGACGCUCUCAAAAAAUCUGUGACGCUAGCACCAGCAUCUGCAUCACAGACCUGACGGGUCAUGCAAAAUGUGCAUGACAAGCCCCGACUCUUCCAUUUUUGCACUUGAUACAAGGAGUUCGUGGACAAUUUCUUGCGGAAGCUCUAUGGAAGCGUCAGGUUUGAAAUCGUCAAAGUUGAAAUAGUUUGUGAUGCAUAAAAUGCAACCCACAAGAUGCCUCUCUUGCAGAGUAGGCAAAAGCGGCAGAUUGUAAGCCUGUUGAGGGGUAGAAAUCGAGCUGCUACAGUAGCAUGACAAAAGGCGUCUUUCUUACCGAAACAGCAUUACAAACUGGAUUUCGACUCUACUUAAAUUUCUCAUGCGCCACUUGAAAUCUGGGUUACAACUUUCAUCCAUUUCAUGCAUGACAAAUCAUUUCAACUUUGUCGAUUUCAAACCUGACACUUCCAUAAGCUCCUGAGCAACAUCGGGAAGCCGUACAAUUUGACGAUGAAGCUCGGCACGCAGCAGGACAUCGUCCAGUUGCUAAAGUACGCCCACAUGAUAUCCUAAGCAAACACGUCCCCACCCCAGAAGCAAGAUGGGAAAUCUGCUAGACAAAUCCACCAGUUUUGGCUGUUGCGCAUGACAAAACGGGUCUUGUAGUGUACUGCGUGAUCCUGUGUAGUUGUACUAGCUAGCUCCGCAGCAUCACAGAACUAGCCUACUGUGCUGAUUCAAGCAUCACAAAAUCCAGAACACGACUACAAAAUGCUUCUCAUGUUGGGGCUCCGCAUGAGAAACAUUUUAAGCAGGCAGUUUUGCAUGACACCUAAUGGGAUGUGAGGACGUUUUUACACAGGAUACAUGAUCGUGCAGGACCAGCCCAUGUUUUUGGAGCUGGAGGCGCCGAUCAACAUCGUGGGGGACAUUCACGGGCAGUACCAGGACUUGAUUCAGCACUUUAUCAACAAUGGGUUCCCCCCCACCGCGAACUACUUGUUAUCCUGUGCAAAAGUAUUGUACUCGUAGUGAUCGCAGUCAUGCAUUACAAAUCUCGUUCCCAAGGCAAAUCAGCGCGACAAAUUCCAUUUGUCAUUCUGAGCUAAUUUGUAUUGCAAUACUACGAGUACGAUACUUUUGCAGUUCAUACGUGUUUUUGGGCGACUACGUGGAUCGCGGGCAGCAGUCGCUGGAAACGAUGUGCCUACUAUGGAUUGCAAAUAUGUCUGGGUCUGGGAGAAGGCAAACUUGUGAUGCGCAUUCCAGAACACAGAAAAAUCUCUCAUGCAUAGGUAGCAAAAGCUGCCCGCUUUCUGUCACCAAAAUGGGGGAUUUGUCACGCGGAUUCGGCAUUGCGGAAGCUUCUCGAAACCUGUGAUGCCAGGGCUUCCAUGCCAGACCUUCUGUGUCAUGCAAAAACAGCAUGACUCUUCCAGACCCAGACAUUUUUGCAUUUGAUACCUACUGAUGUGCUACAAAAUCAAGUACCCGGAAAACUUCUUCAUUCUGCGCGGGAACCACGAGUGCGCCUACAUCUCGAAGCUUUACGGUACUGGUCAUUCUUUGUUUAUGUAGUGCAAAAGUAUCGUACUUGUAUAGAUGCAUUACAAAUUUGUUCCUCAGCAUGAGAAAUAAAAUUUGUAAUACUGAUCUACCUCAACGAAAAGAUUUGUUGCGAUGCGAUGAAACAAAUGCAAUACGAGUACGAUGAAACAAAAGCCACAUUCACUGAAUCUAUCAGGUUUCCACGACGAGUGCAAGCGGAAGUACAGCGUGAAGCUCUGGCGCGAAUUCACGCAGUUUUUCAAGUGGCUUCCCGUCGCGGCGACCGUGGGCGAAAAGAUUUUCUGCGCGCACUAUGCAAGAAAAAAACUGUGUAAGUGUAACUUUGUACUAAUGCAGAACAUGCAACAGAGUUACACCUGUCAUGCCAAACAACAACGAAGUCCUCUUUUCAUGUGUGUUUUCCCUUACAAGCAACGCAUGACAGGUUGUCGCUGUCAUGUAGAGCAGCAAAUUUGUGAUGCUGCCAACCAAGGAAAGUUAUGUUACACUAACACAGUUUUUUUCUUGCAUACGCACGGAGGCUUGUCCACCGAGAUGUUCACCGCGAAAGACCACGUGAAUGUCCCGGGAAACGACUCGGACGAGGACGAUUUGUCGAACCUCAGCGACGAAGAUUCGGAUAGCAGCUUACGCAUUGCAAAAGUAUCGUACUACUUAGUAUCUAUAAAUUGCAAUACAAAUUUCCUUAGCAUGAGAAAUCUGUAAUGCAGAUUUACCUCAAGAAAAAGAUUUGUAAAAAUGCAUGACUCCGAUUAAUUGUACGAGUCCGGUACUACUUUUGCACAGGAUACAGGUCCCUCUCCGUGGAUUUGGACGCCUCGGAGGCUGCGGGAAAGAACAUGAACCACGCGGCAAAAAAGGAAGAAAAGAGGCAGGAAUUGCUUUUAGCGGAAAAGGCCGCGGAAAAUGCGGAGAAAUUGAAGAUGAAAAGCAUGAAGAGACAUCAAGUUGGCACGACGACAGUAGUAUCUGGAAAUUCAAAGACGGAAAUAGAGAGCGCAGCCGUCUGGCCGAGUUCCCCCGUGUCCCCGUUGCCGCAAACCAAUGCCGCAGACUCAUCCCCUUCUGCCGGUGGAUCUUCCGGGGCAGGAGCAUCCUCUUCCUCUUCUCAAGGUUCUUCCGCUGGCGAGGAAUUGAAUGGAGAUAGUACAGCCGGCAAAAAACGACCCACAAAGGCUGAGAAGAAGCGCAAGAAGAUAUCCUCCGUAAAAACAUCCUCACACCAGAGUCAAGAUGGUGAUUUUGCAACACAAACCUAGAACUUUUGAGGGUCACGCAUCACAAAUUGCAGUCCGUAGUGUAGUACAGGUUCGCAAGGCCAGCUGCAUUAGAAAUCCAUCUGCUCAUCCUGUUUACAGCAUUACAAAUUCCAAAACACCACUAAAAAUGCCUCUCCUGGCGAUGCGCAUUACAAAUGUUCCUGUCAUUGCAAAUCUGCAUGACAACUCUGGUGUGGGGACGUUUUUACUCAGGAUAGAAGAAGCUUGCGGGAAAGCAGUUGGUGCAGCACGUCGCCGAAUUGUUGAUGGAAGACGAGUAUCAAUUGGAAAUAUGUCUGGGUCUGGAAGAAUGCAGACUUGUCAUGCAUAUUUUCCAUGCCCCAUGAGGUCUGCAAUGCAGGACCUAGCAUGACAGAUUCUGCGAAGUCUCUAUCAUGCCUAUCCUGCACGAGAAAUUUCCGCUCAUGUUGAUCAAAAAUAAAAGGACAGCUUUUGGUGAUCACGCAAUACAGAUGCUUGCGUGACCCACGGGACGCAUCACAAGUUCCACUUUUCCAGACCCAGAAACUUUUGCGAUGCAUAACGAGCAGAGGAGACUGAUGAGAGCAGCUUCACCUGCUGUUGAUGCUGGGCCUUUAUCUUAUCCAGACGGCGGCGGGGUGAAUAUUAAAUCUACUCCCUCGACGUCGGAAGAAGUAGGAGGGACGACGCGAACAGCAAUAGCCGACGAAGAUGAAGACGAACACAACUACGACAAGCCUUGUCCUAAGGGUUGGCGAAGGAAAAAAUCCGUGAUUCUUCCCGACUGCUUCUUCUACCAGAAUGUAAAAACCGGGGAAAUCCGGGCCGAAUGUCCACCCUCGAUUGUUGCAGUAGAAGCAGGAAAUGAAGUAAAAAACGGUGCGGAAACUACUACUAUUACACAAGGACCAGCAGGUGCGGGAGGUUCCACUACAUCCCCAAAGAUAAAUCAAGAAAACGCAUCUUCAAGUCCCUCUUCCAGCGAGGCGGAGCUGUCGCCCUCGUAUCAAAUGCAAAAAUCCCUGGAGGUCUGGAACAAAGCAACUUGUCAUGCUAAAUCUGGAUCAUGUAAAAAUCUGUGUUGCAUGAUCGCCAAAAGCUGUCCACUUUUGACCUAAUAGAGAGGCAGUUUCUCAUGCGCGAUAGGUAUGGUAGAACUGUGACAGAAUCUGUCAUGCUAUGGCCUACAUGCCAGACCUCCUGGGUCAUGGAAAACCUGCAUGACAAGUCUGGCAUUCUUCCAGACAUCCAGGGAUUUUUGCAUGUGAUACCUCGCGGCUCGUGACGAAAUUCGGAAACUCCUGCUUGACAAAUCUAUCGAAAGGAAAAAUCCCUCCUCCCCAUAUCAAAGUGGCAAUCUGUGUUGCGGGAUUUGCGUACACAAAUCAGCUUGGUCUUGCAGUAUAGUAGUGCAGGCAGAUACAAAGCCUGGAAGGGGCUAGCUAGAGGUGGGCGCCCAGCAUGGCAGACGUGUGCCCUUUUGGCGCAGCAGCAUUACAAAUCGCCUGCGCAAAGCGGCGAAAGCUCUGGCUUUGCUCUCUUGCAAGACAAACCUGAUUUGUGACCACAAAUCAGCAACACAAAUUUUCAAAAGGAUGCCUUUUCGAUAUGGGGAGGGGGGAUUUUUCCUUUUGAUAAAAUCGCAUGGAAAACCUGUCGGAAAAGAAGAUUCUCACUAAUUUCCGCGAUUGGGUACUUUCUUAUCCAGCGUCUAGGUGUAAUUAGACUUACUCACAUCAAGAACCAGCACAGCGGCUUGCUGUGGCUAUACUAUGAAUGAAAAAAGUACAAGUAGUUGUUUUAGAUUAUCAGUCAGAACUGCCUGUAGAUACAACCUAACCGCCGGAGGACGUUGGUCGUGUGCGGAAGAACUUUUCACUCUUCAAAAACUGUCUUUCACAGAUCCACAAAGAGAAGCCCAGUCGGGAAUCCGUGCUCGCCGUGCUCCACUACCUCCGAGAAACGCGAUAUGGGAGUGUCAGGAUUGAAAUCGUCAGAGUUGAAAUAGUUUGUCAUGCAUAAAACGGAGACCAGUUGGAGCCCAGUUCCCAAUUGGCGCAUGACAAAUCUGGGUAGGGCCGAAAUCCAGUUUGUAAUGCUGUUUGGGUAAGGACGGCGCCUUUUGUCAUACUACUUUAGCAGCUCUUUUUCUACCCCUCAACAGGCUUACAAUCUGCCUCCCUUGCCUACUCUGCAAUACAGGCACUUUGUGGGUUGCAUUUUAUGCAUCACAAACUAUUUCAACUUUGAUGAUUUCAAUCCUGACGCUUCCAUACGCGACACGUCUCCUUAGACGAGCAGCGCGUCCUGCAUAUCCUGAGUAAAAACGUACCCACACCAGAGUCAAGAUGGAAAGUCUGCUAGACAAAUCGGCCAACUUUGCUUGUUUCGCAUGACAAAUUUGGACGCGUAGUGUAGUGCUGUUUGAGCUAGUUCAGCAGCAUUACAGAUCUAGUCUCUCAUGCUGAUUGGAGCAUGACAAAUUUCAAAACACCUUUAGAAAAUGCUUCUCAUGGGGCUCCGCAUGACAAACAUUUUAAGCAUGCAGAUUUGCAUGACAACUAUGGUGUGGGUACGUUUUUACUCAGGAUACUGCAGUGGCAGCAGCUAGCGGAAGGGCUCGCCAAUGAUAGUAGUACAAGUAAUUCUAGCUGCCAGGAUACAAAAGCAAGAACCAAGACCAAGAGCACGAAGACGUUCUUGCAGCUCAAGAACACCCCGCCUCCGCUCACCGCCCCGCUCCCCUCCCUCCCGUCGAAACCCAGCAAGAUAAGGCAAAUCAUGGACCAGAAACUGCCGAACCGGCCGACCGAAAUCCCGGAACACGGCAUGAUGUGCGACAUUCUGUGGUCCGACCCGGACCCCAACACGGUGUUUUGGCGGGAAAACGAGCGGGGGGUGAGUUUCUGCUUCGGGCAGAACGUCGUGGACGCAUUCUGCAAGAAGUACAACAUGGACCUGGUCUGCCGGGCGCACCAGGCGGUCUCCGACGGGUAUUGGUUUUUCGCGAGGAAAAAGGUGGUCACGGUUUUUUCCGCCCCGGAUUACUGUGGCGAAAUGCAGAACGACGGGGCGGUGUUGAGCGUCAGCAAGGACUUGAGCUGCAAGUUCAAAGUGCUCAAAAGCAACCACCGGCAGGAAAGCAUGAUUCGAAGUACAGUUUGAUACAAUAUUAUUUUUAGGCGGCUCUGAAAGAUGGUCAAAUUUGAAUCUACGAAGACAAACUUGUCAUGCGAAACAACCAAAGCUGGUGGAUUUGUAUAACAGAUUUCGCAUCUUGACAAACGAUAAUUCAGGUCUCCACGGGCGCCAAACGCGACAGUUUGACAUGGAGAAGCUGCUUUCCACAGGGGAACUGGAGUACCUUAUGCAUUGCAAAUAUGUCUCGGUCCUCUGGAAGAGUGCAAUAAACUUGUGAUGCGCAUUCCACAACACACACAAUCACAAAUCUCUCGUGCAUGAGCAGCAAAAGUUGCCCACUUUCUGUCACCAACAUGGGGGAUUUGUCAUGCGGAUUAGGCAUUGCGGAGCCUAUGCCUACCUCUCGAAACCUGUGAUGCUGGGGCUCCCAUGCC